GGGAGCGGUGUCAUAUUUCCUUCAAACAAGCUCGUGACACAACAAAAGCCAAAGCCACACCUUUCCUAACUCAACAAAAGAGACCAAGUAGGUAACCUACUGGGGAAAUGCACUGAAAUUAAGCUUUGCACCAAAUCACAAACCACACCACUUUUUCUUUCUCUCUUCUCUCUAUUUACGGAAUCUCACAUCUUAUUAUUUUUAUUCACUUAACAUUAAAAUCCUCCUUUCAGUGCCAUUAUAAUCCUAUAAAGUUUCUUUUUAUAUUUCCCAAAAGAUAAAAGCUCUCACCAAGUUUUUUCUCCUUUUAAUUUAAUUAUUUAACAAUCAAUGGCAUGCUUUCAUGCUGCAAAAAGCCCUUAGCAGAACUCAUUUCUCUUUUGAAGCUCCUUUUCUUAAAGACAGUGAAAGCACUUGUCUUUCAUACUUGAUUUAUCAAUCGCAUAAAGCAAAACACCUACACUGUUAGGUCCCAAAAAACCAUUUUCCUACCUAGCUCCAACCUCUUAACUUAAUGUCUUUUAUUGCUUCCUCUUUCUUGCACUCUUGUCUUCUGCAAAACUUGCAUUUUCCUCUAAGAAUCACAUUCUAAUAUUUUCUUAUUCUCUUUAUAAGGUCAUGUCAUGCAUUGUUGACUUGUUAAAAAAUUCUUAUUGAGGGAUCAAAUCAGAGUGUAGAAGGUGGUAAAAUGGGAGAAUCAGUUCAUUACUUCAACUUCACAUAAUUGAAGCUGUGAGUUGCAGUUGCAGACAUUAAAAGCAUCAGCAGUUAGAAUCAGACAUAAAAUAUAUAUACAUGGCGUGUAAUACACAAGAACUAGUAAAAAUGAAGGAAUCAGUGGAGGAUCAAUUGAAAUCGUAGAUGAUGGCUAUGAAGAAAUCCUCAGAGCUUAGAAGAAGAAGUGAAAGCAAAAAAGAGAAAAUUCAAGAAAAUGGACUUGAAUCUCAACUUGGUUCAUGUUCAUUAGCCUCAGGCAAAAGUCUUGUUUUUUCUGCUAGGCCUGGCUAUGGCCAACUGGGGAAGAAGUGUGUUGUCAAAGCUAAUCACUUCCUUGCAGAUAUAUCAGUAUCUGACUUGAGCCAUUACAAUGUUGAUAUAACACCUGAAGUUAAUUCUCGAAAAACAAGAAAAGCUAUCAUAGCUGAGUUAGUGAGGCUUCACCAAAACACUGAGUUGGGAAAGAAGCUCCCUGUUUAUGAUGGUGCAAAGAGCCUUUACACUGCUGGUUUGCUUCCUUUUGAACACAAAGCGUUCAAUAUAGUAUUGAGUGAGGAUGAUGAGGGUACUUGUAGUACAAGGAAAAGAGAAUUUGAAGUUGUAAUCAAGUUUGCAGCUCAUGUUAGCAUGCAUCAGUUACAUGAGCUUCUCAGUGGAAAACAAGUGAAUACUCCACAUGAAGCUCUUAAUGUCAUUGACAUUGUGUUGAAGGAGCUUGCAUCUCAAAGCUAUGUAUCAAUUGGGAGAUUUAUCUUUUCUCCGGAUUUAAGAAAACCAUCACAGCUGAGUGGCGGUUUGGAAUUAUGGCGCGGUUUCUACCAGAGUAUAAGGCCUACUCAGAUGGGACUAUCACUUAAUGUUGAUAUGUCCUCAUCGGCAUUUAUAGAACCGCUCCCUGUGAUCGACUUUGUAACUCAAAUUUUGGGAAAAGAUGUGAGAUCAAGGCCAUUGUCAGAUGCAGAUCGUGUCAAGAUUAAGAAAGCUUUAAGAGGUGUGAAAGUAGAAGUUACACAUAGAGGAAGUUUUAAGAGGAAGUACAGGAUAACAGGAUUGACAUCACAGCCUACAAGAGAGCUCGUUUUUCCUCUGGAUGAGAAAAUGAACAUGAAAUCAGUAAUUGAUUACUUUCUAGAAAUGUAUGGAUACACAAUCAUGUAUCCUCAUUUACCUUGCCUUCAAGUUGGAAGCCAAAAGAAGGUGAACUAUUUGCCCAUGGAGGCAUGCAAGAUAGUUAAGGGUCAGAGAUAUACAAAAGGGCUUAAUGAGAAGCAGAUAACUUCUCUGCUAAAGAUCUCAUGCCAAAGGCCACGUGAAAAAGAGAAUGAUAUCCUACAGACAAUGCAUAAACAUGAUUAUAAAGAUAAUCCUUAUGCAAAGGAGUUUGGUAUCAGCAUAGACAGCAAGCUUGCAUCAGUCGAGGCUCGGGUUCUUCCUGCUCCAUGGUUGAAAUACAAUGACACUGGAAGAGAUAAAAAAUACUUACCAAGAGUUGGUCAAUGGAACAUGAUGAACAAGAAAGUUAUAAAUGGAAGCAAAGUAAGUUAUUGGGCAUGUAUCAAUUUCUCACGAAGUGUCCAAGAACAUACAGCUCGUUCAUUUUGCCAACAAUUAGUUCAGAGUUGCCAAAUUUCAGGCAUGGAAUUUAGUCAGGAACCUGUGAUUCCUAUAUAUUCAGCAAGACCAGAUUUGGUAAAGAAGGCCUUGAAGUAUGUACAUUCUUCUGCUCUAAAAAAACUCGGCGGGAAAGAGCUAGAGUUACUCAUUGCCAUUCUUCCAGACAACAAUGGCUCUCUCUAUGGUGAUCUCAAAAAAAUCUGUGAAACAGAUCUCGGGCUGAUUUCCCAGUGUUGUCUUACAAAAUACGUCUUCAAGAUUAAUAGACAAUAUUUGUCAAAUGUAGCGCUAAAGAUCAAUGUCAAGAUGGGAGGAAGGAACACAGUACUGUUGGAUGCUCUAAGUUGGAGGAUCCCGUUGGUUAGUGACGUUCCAACAAUAAUUUUUGGAGCUGAUGUAACUCAUCCCGAUCCUUGCGAGCACACUUGUCCAUCCAUUGCUGCUGUUGUAGCAUCCCAGGACUGGCCAGAAGUGACAAAGUAUGCAGGAUUGGUAUGCGCUCAGCCUCAUCGCGAGGAACUUAUUCAAGAUCUUUUCAAAUGUUGGAAUGAUCCUCAUUGCGGCAUCAUUAAUGGUGGAAUGAUCAGAGAGCUCUUACUCUCAUUUCAGAAGGCAACUGGAAAAAAACCACUUAGAAUAAUAUUUUACAGGGAUGGAGUAAGUGAAGGACAGUUCUACCAGGUUUUGCUACAUGAGCUUGAUGCCAUCCGGAAGGCUUGUGCAUCUUUGGAACCUAGUUACCAACCUCCAGUAACAUUUGUUGUGGUUCAAAAACGGCAUCACACUAGACUCUUCUCAAACAAUCACGACGACAGAAGCAGCACUGAUAAGAGUGGGAAUAUCUUACCAGGUACUGUGGUGGAUUCAAAGAUUUGUCAUCCUACUGAGUUUGACUUCUACUUGUGCAGUCAUGCAGGAGUUCAGGGUACAAGUAGACCAGUUCAUUACAAUGUUCUAUGGGACGAAAACAACUUUAGUGCUGAUGAGAUUCAGUCCUUAACUAAUAACUUGUGCUACACCUAUGCAAGAUGUACGCGAUCUGUUUCUGUGGUGCCUCCUGUGUACUAUGCUCACCUGGCAGCUUACAGAGCUCGAUUCUACAUGGAACCCAAUGUCCAUGAAACUGCAAAAUCGCAAACUACAAGAUCAAAAAAUGAGUCGGUUCGGCCACUACCAGCUCUAAAAGAGAAGAUUAAGAAUGUAAUGUUUUAUUGUUGAAUAAAGGACAAUAUAGGAUGACUUCCAAGGAGAGUUGCAACAGCAUAUGUAGGAAAAGGAAACUGAUUGUAGGUGAUGAAUUAAGUUCAAUAUGUAAAAGUAUUACAACCUAACCUGUUCUCAUAUAGUAUAAUUCUCAGCAUGGAAAUUUUUGUUUCUUAGGUUUUCUAGUGAUUAA